UCCCCUCCUCUUCUCUCUGUCUACUAAUUAUCUCGGCUCUGUCAUUCGUUCGCAUGGCUUCUCCGUAGCUAUGCUGAUGACACCCAACUGAUCUUCUCAUUUCCACCCUCCGAAACACAGGUAGCGGCGCGGAUAUCUGCCUGUCUAACUGACAACUAUCAGUGGAUGUCUGAACAUCACCUGAAAAUCAACCCUGACAAGUCCGAGCUGCUAUUCCUUCCAGGGAAAGGCUCUCCCACCCAUGACCUGACUACCACCUUCAACAGCUCUGUGUUGGCCCCUGCCCCGACUGCCAGGAACCUCGGGGUGACACUCGACAGUCAACUCUCCCUGACGGCCAACAUCACUGCGACAACGCGUUCCUGUAGGUACAUGCUGCACAACAUCAGGAGAAUACGGCCUCUUCUUACUCAGAAGGCGGCACAGGUUCUGGUCCAGGCUCUGGUCAUUUCACGCCUCGACUACUGCAACUCCCUCCUGGCUGGUCUACCUGCUAAGGCCAUCCGACCUCUGCAGCUCAUCCAGAAUGCAGCAGCUCGACUGGUCUUCAGCCUCCCGAAAUUCGCCCACACCACUCCGCUCCUCCGCUCUCUCCACUGGUUACCGGUGGCUGCCCGCAUCCACUUCAAAACACUGGUUCUGGCGUACCGUGCUCUAGACGGAUCGGGCCCCGUCUACAUCCGGGAUAUGGUCACACCGUACACCCCGGCACGUUCGCUCCGCUCGGCAACAGCCAACCGACUUGUGACUCCUGCCCUUCGAGCUAAUCACUCGAAAUCCAGACUGUUUGCUGUCCUGGCUCCUCAGUGGUGGAACGAGCUCCCCUCUGACAUCAGGGCAGCAAAAAGUCUCUACAUCUUCCGCCGGAAACUAAAAACACAUCUUUUCCGACUAUAUCUGGAUUAAAACACAGAUUAGCACUUCAGUGGCUCUUAAAUAGCUCUUAUUAUGGUACUUUUGUAGUUCGACUAUGUUGAGGAAAUGUUACUUUCUGUAUUCUUGUUGUUCUUAGUUUGUACUCUUGGUUGAUGCACUUAUUGUAAGUCGCUUUGGAUAAAAGCGUCUGCUAAA